GCCAGUUAUCGGCUUUGUGGGGGCUUGCGCUCAUCAUCACCCUGUCUGGAAAGUAUCGACGUCAAUUGAUUGAGUUGUACUGGAUGGGGCACUCGUAGCAUAGUGACCAUAUCGCGCGGCAUGUUUCUUUAGGUUAUGUUGCUGAUUAUAUAAAGACACAAGCGGUUCUCAAAUACGCGUGUCUCGUAGUAGAACAUUUGACCUUCAGUGUUGACUUCAAGGCAACCACCAUCAUGGUUUCAUUACCAAAGAUCUAUAAUGUUUAUUUCUUAGCCUGCGUGGCGACGAUGGGAGGAAUGCUCUUCGGGUUCGAUAUCUCGUCCAUGAGUGCGAUUAUUGGAACCAAUCAAUACCGGAACUACUUCGAUAAUCCCAACGGUCUAAUUCAAGGAGUCAUUGGGUCCUCAUUGGCUGCUGGCUCAGUCGUUGGAUCCAUAAUAUCUGGCUUUGUAUCCGAUAAGUUCGGUCGUCGCAAAGCGCUCUUCUUUGCUUGCCUCUGGUGGCUUCUGGGAACCUCUCUGCAGGUUGCUUGCAAUGGUCGUUCGAUGCUGAUCGCAGGCCGUGUGCUCAACGGAGUCACCGUCGGCAUCACUUCCUCUCAAGUUCCUGUGUACUUGGCCGAGAUCGCGAAACAUACCCAGCGUGGCGCCAUUCUUGUCAUUCAGCAAUUGGCCAUUGAAUGGGGUAUUCUCAUAAUGUAUUUCAUUGGCUACGGCUGCAAAUUUAUUGGCGACGAUAAUUCCACGGCAUCGUUCAGAACAGCUUGGGGAAUACAGUUCGUCCCAUGCGUUAUGUUCAUGCUCGGACUUCCAUUCCUACCCGAGUCGCCUCGUUGGUUGGCAGCUCAAGAUCGUCCAGAGGAAUCUAUCCGCAUACUUGCCCAAAUCCAGGCAAACGGAAACAUCGACGACCCCUAUGUCAUUGCGGAGUAUGAGGAGAUCAUGGCUACUCUGACUGCAGAGCGUGAAGCUCCGAAAGGUUGGAGGAAGUUCGUUUACAACGGCAUGUGGCGCAGAACACUGGCUGGUUUCAGUGUUCAGGCCUGGCAGCAACUGAGUGGUGCCAACAUCAUGACGUACUACGUUGUUUUCAUUUUCUACAUGGCCGGACUCGAGGGCGACGUUAACUUGAUCUCCGCGGGAGUUCAGUAUGCCCUAUUCAUCAUCUUCUCCAGCAUCAUGUUCUUCUUUGUCGACAAGAUCGGCCGACGGACUCUACUUUUCUGGGGAGCUGUUACCAUGGCCUUCUGUCACUUCGUUGUUGGUGGUGUUUUGGGCUUCCACUAUGAAUACGUUCCUGAGGGUGUUGCAGGAGACACAAACGUCGUGAUGAGGGUCUCAGGCGCGGCGUCUCACACUGUCAUCGCAUUCUCUUAUCUACUCAUUAUCAUCUAUGCCAUGACUCUGGCGCCUAUUUGCUGGGUCUACGCUGCCGAAGUCUGGUCCUUGGGAACUCGUGCACAUGGCAUGGGUAUUGCUGCGAUUGGCAAUUGGAUUUUCAAUUUCGCCAUUGGAAUUUUCAUCCCUCCAGCGUUCCUCAACAUUCGAUGGAGGGUAUUCAUCGUCUUCGGUACUCUUUGCUUGGCUGGCGCAAUCCAGUUCUGGUUCACAUACCCUGAGACAUGCGGAAAGACCCUGGAAGAGAUUGAAGUCUUGUUUAGUCCUGAUGGACCACGCCCUUGGAAGACCAAGAAGGGCCAUUCGAGGCUCGAAGAUGAGGUAGUUGCCGUCUCCCACGCGCAAGUCGAUGAUGAGAAAUUGAAGAAGAGAACUAGCGGCGAAGGUGUUAUUGCACAGGAGAAUAUUUCAGAGAAGGUUUGAUGUGCUCAGAAGCUUGAAGUAAUCCAAGUUUGAUGAUUGGUGUGUUGUCGACUAUGUUUGCACGAGCAGAGGCUAUACAAUUCCAAGUAUGUGAUAGCAGAUAAUGG